AUGCAAUGUUCCUGGAAGGCUGUCCUCCUACUAGCCUUGGCAUCCAUCGCGAUCCAGUACACGGCCAUCCGAACCUUCACCGCCAAGUCCUUCCACAGCUGCCCCAUCCCCAACCCCGUGAACUGCAGCCCGAGCCAGGACGCUGAUGCGGCCGAGAGGCUGUGCGAGGAGAGCCCCACCUUCUCCUACAACCUCUCCAGGAAGACCCACGUCCUCAUCCUCGCCACCACCCGCAGCGGCUCCUCUUUCGGCGGGCAGCUGUUUAACCAGCACUUCGACGUCUUCUAUUUAUUUGAGCCCCUCUACCAUGUGCAGUACACCCUGAUCCCAAAGCUGACCCAGAGCAAGAGCCCGACGGACAGGCGGGUCAUGCUGAGGAGCCUGUACGACUGCGACCUCUACUUCUUGGAGAACUACAUCAAACCCCAGCCCGUCAACCACACCACCGACCGCCUCUUCCGCCGGGGCGCCAGCAAGGCCCUGUGCUCCCCCCCCGUCUGCGAGCCCUUGGGGGGCGUGGACCUCCACCUGGAGGAGGGAGACUGCGUGAAGAAGUGCGGCACCCUGAACCUGACGCUGGCCGCCGAGUCCUGCAGGGAGCACGGGCACGUGGCCAUCAAAACCGUGCGGGUGCCCGAGGUCAGCGACCUCCGGGCGUUGGUGGAGGACCCGCGGCUCAACUUGAAGGUCAUCCAGCUGGUGAGGGACCCCCGGGGGAUCCUGGCGUCCAGGAGCGAGACCUUCCGGGACACCUACCGGCUGUGGAGGAUCUGGGACGGCACCGGCAGGAAGCCGUACAACCUGGACGUGACCCAGCUCACCACCGUCUGCGAGGACUUCUGGAACUCGGUCUCCACCGGCCUCAACCGGCCUCCCUGGCUCAAGGGCAAGUACAUGCUGGUGCGUUACGAAGACCUGGCCAGGAACCCCGUGAAGAAGACGGAGGAGAUCUACGAUUUCCUGGGCAUCCCCAUGGACGGGAACGUGGAGCGCUGGAUCCAGAACAACACGCGGGGGGACAGGUCCUCCUCCAAACACAAGUACGGGACCGUGCGCAACUCGGCGGCCACGGCCGAGAAGUGGCGGUUCCGCCUCUCCUACGAGAUCGUCUCCUUCACCCAGCACGCCUGCCAGCAGGUGCUGGCCCAGCUCGGCUACAAGACUGCCGGCUCCGAGGAGGAGCUCAAGAACCUCUCCAUCAGCCUGGUGGAGGAGAGAGACUUCCUGCCCUUCUCCUAA